UCGCCAAGUUGGACGCGUUAUCCGGUUUCGCGUGACGCUCGUAGCUCGACUGAUGUUUCAAUCUAUCGCAGAAGAAGAACCAUAAUGUGUUAAUGUGUCGAUGCGAUUGGAACGCUUUUCGUGAGGGAAAUAUCUACUAGACGCCGCCAAGAAGAAGACGGGAGGAAGUGAUUUCGAUGGAGCUCCUGUUGCCAGUGCAUUUGAAGGCGUGUGUGAAGAAGUGAAGGUCGAUUUAGAAUUAGGUUAUGUGUAUUUAAAUUGUUUAGUGUAGUAGAACUCAAUGUGGUAGAAUAUAAAGUGUUGUUUGUUGAAGCAUUUAGGAUAGUGCGUAUGCCGAGAAGCUAGUAGCCGUUAUAGUGCGAGGCGCAGUUUUGUUACUCGACGCUUGGAAAGUUGUUAUUCGUCGCUUUUGGCAAAGCCUUGGAAUAUAGUAUUUACUCCUACCUUACCCUACCCGUAAUCUUCGUUAGUGAAUAUUCAAUUUCUCCCAUGUUUACAUAAGUGUGAAGUUAUUGUUGAAAAAGCAGUUCCUUACUGAGAAAAUAAGUGCUAGUGAAAAAAAUCUUAAGUAACGUGUCACCUCUGGUGAUCAACGGUCCCUAACAGAGCUCUCAUAAUGGCUCAAUUUGUAACUCACAUCCAGCCAACGCUGCUGGAGGCAGCCCAGGGCCACCUUCCCCAUCAUCAUGGCCACCAGGUGGGCAUGCAGCACUCGUCCCAUCUGCCCCACAGUGGCCACAAUAUGCCGUCACCUCCGACGGUUCACCAUGGCCAUGGUCACGGACAUCAUGGUCAUCACCAUUCGCCGUCGCAUGCAAAUCUUGCCCAUAGUGCCAGUCGGGAAAUCAGCAAUGGUAAAUCUUCUAAGCACCACUCGUCGUCGUCACAUCACCAGCCGAUGUCUCCCAAAUCGGCGACGGAUCACCAUCAUCAGCAUCAUCACACAGGAAGUGCAGAAUUGCAACAUCAGUACCACCAGCAGUACCACCAACAGAUGGCACAGAUCCAACAGCAGCAUACGCAUCACACGUCAUCGGCCGGGGCGACGAGCGGAAGCCAUCAUGGCCACAGCCAUCACCAUUCGGUCUCGUCUGACGGAAACACCUCGUUUCUGCGCGCAGCUAGAGCAGGCAAUCUAGAAAAGGUUUUAGAACAUCUUAAAAAUAACAUCGACAUCAAUACUAGCAAUGCGAAUGGCUUGAACGCGCUACAUCUCGCAUCGAAGGAUGGUCACGUGGCCGUGGUAUCGGAGCUGUUGGCUCGCGGUGCCACCGUUGAUGCGGCCACCAAGAAGGGCAAUACCGCGCUGCACAUCGCUUCGCUGGCCGGUCAGGAGGAAGUGGUCAAAUUGUUGAUCCAGAACAAUGCUUCGGUUAACGUGCAGUCGCAGAAUGGCUUCACGCCGCUCUACAUGGCCGCACAGGAAAACCAUGACUCGGUAGUGCGCCUAUUGCUUUCGAAUGGAGCUAACCAGAGUUUGGCCACUGAGGACGGAUUCACUCCGUUGGCUGUUGCUAUGCAGCAAGGACACGACAAGGUGGUUGCCGUAUUGCUGGAGAGCGACACUCGCGGUAAAGUUCGCUUGCCGGCUCUGCACAUCGCAGCGAAGAAGGACGAUGUUAAAGCGGCCACGCUUCUAUUGGAGAACGAUCAUAAUCCGGAUGUUACAUCGAAGUCCGGAUUUACGCCACUGCACAUCGCGUCGCACUACGGCAACGAAGCUAUGGCCAACUUGCUGAUCCAGAAGGGAGCGGAUGUGAACUACGCUGCUAAGCAUAACAUCAGUCCGCUGCACGUGGCCGCCAAGUGGGGCAAAACCAAUAUGGUUGCUCUGCUGCUGGAGAAAGGCGCCAACAUUGAAAGCAAGACCCGGGAUGGUCUAACGCCAUUGCACUGCGCUGCACGCUCCGGUCAUGAACAGGUCGUCGAUAUGCUGUUGGAGCGUGGAGCUCCCAUCAGCGCUAAGACGAAGAACGGACUGGCGCCGCUGCACAUGGCGGCCCAGGGCGAACACGUAGACGCAGCCCGCAUUCUUCUGUAUCAUCGUGCACCGGUCGAUGAAGUGACCGUAGAUUACCUGACGGCACUGCACGUAGCCGCUCAUUGUGGUCAUGUCCGCGUCGCUAAGCUUCUGUUGGAUCGCAAUGCCGAUGCGAAUGCCCGGGCUCUGAAUGGGUUUACUCCGUUGCACAUUGCGUGCAAGAAGAACCGCAUCAAGGUCGUCGAAUUGCUGUUGAAGCAUGGCGCCAGCAUUAGCGCUACCACGGAGAGUGGUCUGACUCCGUUGCACGUGGCUGCCUUCAUGGGAUGCAUGAACAUUGUCAUCUACUUGCUGCAGCACGAUGCCAGUCCGGAUGUGCCGACGGUUCGCGGAGAAACUCCGCUCCAUCUGGCGGCUAGAGCUAAUCAGACCGACAUCAUCCGCAUACUGCUGCGCAACGGUGCCCAGGUGGAUGCCCGCGCCCGCGAACAGCAAACGCCACUGCACAUCGCCUCCCGGCUCGGCAACGUGGACAUCGUGAUGUUGCUGCUGCAGCACGGCGCCCAGGUCGACGCCGUCACCAAGGACAUGUACACGGCGCUGCACAUCGCCGCCAAGGAGGGCCAGGACGAGGUCGCCGGAACAUUGCUAGAGAACGGAGCCCAGAUUGAUGCCGCAACAAAGAAGGGUUUCACGCCGCUGCAUUUAACUGCCAAGUACGGCCACAUCAAAGUUGCUGAACUGCUACUCACAAAGGACGCUCCUGUCGAUGCCCAAGGCAAGAACGGCGUAACUCCAUUGCACGUGGCCAGCCAUUACGAUAAUCAGAAUGUUGCGCUACUGCUGCUAGAGAAGGGCGCUAGCCCACACGCAACGGCCAAAAACGGUCAUACGCCGUUGCAUAUUGCCGCUCGCAAGAACCAGAUGAGCAUUGCCACAACUCUGUUGCAAUACGGCGCCAACGCCAACGCUGAAAGCAAGGCUGGAUUUACUCCACUUCAUCUAAGCUCGCAAGAAGGUCAUCACGAAAUGUCGGCUCUGCUGCUGGAGCAGAAGGCCAAUCCAGAUCAUCAGGCACGCAAUGGGCUUACGCCACUUCAUCUCUGCGCACAGGAAGACCGUGUCAACGUUGCACAAGUGUUGGUCAAACAUGGCGCAGAUACUCAGGCCGCUACCAAGGCCGGUUACACUCCACUGCAUGUCGCAUCGCAUUUUGGCCAGGCCAACAUGGUACGCUACUUGAUCCAACAAGGAGUUGACAUCAACGCUUCGACUGGCAUCGGUUACACGCCGCUACAUCAAGCUGCCCAGCAAGGUCAUUGCCAUAUUGUUAACAUCUUACUCGAGAACAAAGCGGAUCCUAACGCAAUUACAAAUAAUGGACAAACAUCACUCAAGAUCGCCCAGAAGCUGGGCUACAUCAGCGUACUGGAUUCUCUGAAGUCAGUAACCGAUACUGAGACCACUCAGGAUCAGCACCCAACCGAGGAGAAGUACCGUGUCGUCGCACCGGAAGCCAUGCACGAAACGUUUAUGUCGGAUUCCGAGGAAGAAGGUGGCGAAGAUACGGUCCUCUCGGAUCAACCAUACCGUUAUCUAACUGUCGACGAAAUGAAGUCUCUUGGAGACGAUUCGCUUCCGAUUGACGUAACUCGCGACGAGCGACACGAUUCAAAUAAGAUGACCCAAAGUACGGAUUCGCACCAGUUUCCGCCGACGGCUAUGGAAGACUCUAUCAGUCCACAGCACAUGUCUAUGGUACAGUCCGGCAUCUCGGUAACUGAUUUUGCCGACAACAUCAACAUCGAGCGGCAGUCCCAUAUCGGAAAACUACACUGGAAGAACUUCCUGGUCUCUUUCCUGGUGGAUGCCCGUGGAGGAGCGAUGCGCGGCUGUCGCCACAGUGGAGUUCGUAUCAUCGUUCCACCGCGUUCGGCUGCGCAACCUACCCGAAUUACGUGCCGCUACGUGAAACCCCAGCGUACGCUGCAUCCGCCACCGCUAAUGGAAGGCGAAGCGCUGGCCAGUCGAGUGCUGGAGCUUGGCCCGGUUGGGGCUAAGUUCCUCGGGCCGGUCAUCAUGGAGGUGCCCCACUUUGCGUCGCUCCGUGGCAAAGAACGCGAGAUUGUGAUUCUCCGCUCGGACAACGGCGAAACGUGGCGGGAGCAUAACAUCGACAUGUCCGACGAGAUAAUCCACGAUGUACUGAACGAUUGCUUCGAGGCGGAAGAUCUCGCUCAACUGGACGAACUGGGCGGCGGGCGCAUCUGCCGCUUCGUCACCUACGACUUCCCGCAGUACUUUGCGGUCAUCUCGCGCAUCCGCCAGGAAGUGCACGCCAUCGGACCGGAAGGUGGCAUGGUGUCCAGCACCGUCGUCCCACAGGUGCAGGCUGUCUUCCCACAAGGUGCCCUCACCAAGAAGAUCAAAGUCGGUCUACAGGCUCAGCCAAUCGAUCCGGACCUGACGGCCAAAAUGCUGGGCCGGGGCGUUGCCGUCUCACCGGUAGUGACCGUGGAGCCCCGGCGCCGAAAGUUCCACAAAGCCAUCACGCUCAGCAUGCCGGCACCUAGGGCCCACAGCCAGGGCAUGAUCAACCAGUACUCGGGCAAUGCCCCAACCCUGCGACUUCUGUGCUCCAUCACCGUUUUGUGAUUCAAUGCUCUCUCUCUCUUUCUUAACCCCCUUAACCAUCAACUGUCACUCGUUGUUCCACUCUCUCUCUAUUUCUCAUUAACUAUUUGUCUUUUGAGAAAAAUAAUCUGUAACCCGUGAAUCUAACUCUACGAAUCCUCAUUUCCAAUUACAUAAUCUAUCCAAACGAAUAAGUUUCUCCCGAAUACUAUGUCCGUCCAUGCGUUCAAACAAUAUUCAAAAGCUUACGUAAUUAUAGGAGAGAGAAAUUAGUGUUGCCAGAUAAGCAGAUCUUUUGUUCGGACAAUGGCAGCACUGCCACAGUUUUUUCGUGUGUAUGCAUAUCGUCGUUUACCGAAUGUCAUUAUUUUAGUUUGUCUUCAAUAAAAAGCCCAUUUUUUUACUUUUUCUUUCAAGUCGGCCAUAUUCGAUCAAUUUUCGUCAGAACUUUAGAUACAUCUAUACGAACGGUUUUUUGAAUUCAUGUUUUGGUUAACCAUAUAGUAUGUUUUUCGGUUUCAUUUCGUACAAACACACAUACACCCUUCACCACCCGCAAAAUUUUCGGUUCGUCUGAUUUUCAGCGAGGUAGUUUCCCAUAAACAUAUUGUCGAAUGUGCAUUCGUUUCAACUCCAAUCGUAUUUUUUGCGUUGUUUGGUAGAGCAUUUCGUUCGAUAGAAUCCCGCCCUUCAACCUCGAUCCUAUACUUUUUUUUCGAUAGAAAUGCAAAUGUUUUCCCACAUUUAGUUGAAUAUAAC